AUGGACACCAUUUCGCAACGAGGUGCCAGUACUUCUGUCGGCACGUCGCAGGAAGAUCGGGACUGCAGCGUGUUGCGUCUCGCUCCCGAAGAGAAAGCAUGGCUGCCUCCAAAGUUAUUCAUGGAUCGCUCGUCGGCGACGACAAGUGAUCGCUAUCGAAUACGAUUGUUCGAUUCGUCAAGGAUCCAUCACCUUGACCCCAGUGCGAAAGACUAUCACAGUGAGCAUGAAUUCGUCAUCGAUGCUUUCUUAAAACAUCGUUGGUACAGUGGGUAUCACAAACGUGAUGGUCCCUCACUGCUUCAAGCGUGGAAUGCUUACAUCCAUAACCUUGAGGAUGUAGGUCGUGACGUUUGGAACGCCAAACUUAUCAAAGCUCGUGAUAAGGUUGAGAAAAGAACCCCGACAGGUGCACGCUAUAAGCUGCAUCGUCUGUCUAAGGAGGGUGGGUUACCCUGUCUUUCCUGGGGAGACCUGUGCCCUUGUUGUGUAAAAAACUCUGCGCGCGCACCUAAGGAGGCUUACCUCCUUACUAGCCCGUGGUGGCGCGUACGUAUCUCUACUGAGGUGUACGAAGGAAUUGACGACCUGAAAUCCCUUCACGACCGUGCCGGGAAGACUUUCUCCGGUGGUCCUUCUGCGGCACAGGAUGUGCCGAGUUGUACUGCUCAACCAGACCCAGUACGUCAAUCCUCAGUUGGGAGCGGGGCUCCCAAGAAUCCCAGGACGGGGGAUAACCGCGCCACCAGGCGAGGUAACUCGUCCGACGUCCGUUCACAUCGCGGUGGUUCAACAGCCGCUCAACCAGAUAGCGCUGGCCACCACGAGAGUCCUCUAAUGGAGGUGGAGGAGGAGGAAAAACGCUCUCCAAACUAUCGUGGGGGAGCGUGUGUCCCCGAGAGCCUCUUUGAUCGCGUAACUCUUGCGUUGCGCGGCGACUUCGAGCAUGAGCGGGACAGGCGUCUUCAACUGGUGGACACUGUCUUGAAGCAUCGAGCUGAGUUUGCUUUUGCUCAGCUUGAGAACGAGAGAGCUUUGACAUCUCUGCGUGACGAGGUAAGGGUAGCUCGUGUGGAUAUUGAUCGGUCUCGGGCUGAGAUAACUGCUCUUCCGACCCUAGUUGAUAUCCACCAUCGGGAGCACAAAGCCCUCUGUGAGAUUCUUGAGCGCAAGGGCGUUCUUCAUCGGAAGAAACAGCGUACUGAUGGUACGGCUUAA